GUGGUUGACCGUGGUUGACCGUGGCCAUGCCGUCGAUACAGCGCCCCGUAGGCAUAGGCAAGCCGGAUCUUGAUAUACAAGGAGAUGCCUCAUCUUGUACUGUAAGCUGCCGUCGACACGCAUCCCUACAUGAAACGGAACUCCAUGCGGUGCGUGCUCGAUCCUUAUUCUCUGCCUCCGUCCCUCCUCUCUCUCUGCUCCCCCAUUGUAUGUACCUGAGGCGUGAGCACUGAGCAAUGUUCGCAACGUGACGGGUGCAGACACAGCCCGAUGUAGCAAUCAGCUUCCGCUCCAGCUCCAGGGCCAGAGCUGGCAUGUCUCGCCCACGAGGAUCCAGCGGGGAAUCCAACACCUGGCCUGGCGGGCUGAUCCAGGGCGAUCUGUUUCUGCGAUACGCUUAUGCAUUUGCAUCCGUAUUUGGAGCUCUGGAGUCUGGAGAUGCAGCGCUGGUUCCAAUAACCUACGAUACCUGACGAUGGCGCGCAUGGUACUGGGGCAACGGUUGAACUGGGGUUGCAAUUGAUCCCAUGAUCGUGACAGGAGAAAGCCAGGUCGAGCGAAUCGAGUGGAGCGAGUUCUCACACACACGCGUAUCACAGCAGAAGGG